AUGGGCCACUCUUUGUCCAGCUGUGUGGACAUUCAGACAAAGUGUUCCUACCAGAAGCAGUCAACCAUCUUCCAGAACAAGAAGCGGGAGUUGCUAGGGGACACCACCAAAGAGAAGCUUCCCAGAUACUACGAGAAAAUGGGGCUGGGCUUCAAUACCCCCAAGGAGGUCAUUGAGGGCACCUACAUUGACAAGGAGUGUCCCUUCACUGGCAAUGUCUCCAUCAGAGGCAGGAUCUUGUCUGCUGUGGUGACCAAGAUGAAGAUGCAGAGGACCAUCAUCAUCCACCGGGACUACCUGUGUUACAUCCGCAAAUACAACCAGUUCAAGAAACAUCACAAGAAUAUGUUUGCACCUUUCACCCUGCUUCUGGACAUCCAGAUUGGAGACGUUGUGACUGUGGGUGAGUGCAGGCCCCUCAGCAAGACCAUGAGGUUCAAUGUGCUGAAGGUCACCAAGGUUGCCAGGACCAAGAUGCAGUUCCAGAAGUUCUGA